AUGGCGCAGCAGCAUGCUGGCGGUGGCGCGGCCAUCCGCGCCAGCCCUUGCGAGCCCGGAGUCUAUUACAUUAACGGGCAGACGUGGGCGGUCGGGGCCCGCUACACUCUGAUGAAGCUACUGGGAGAGGGCAGCUUCUCCCAGGUCUGCAUGGCAGUCGACAACGACACGCAGGAGCCAGUGGCUCUGAAGCGCAUCCCUGACGUCCUCACCAGCCUCGAAAAUGCAAAACGCGUCCUUAGGGAGGUGUGUAUACUGCGGCGCAUGGACCACCCUGGCAUCAUCGCCCUAAGGGACGUCUUCCUCAGGCCCGCCUCCACUGGGCGCUGCGUGUACCGCAACGGCCAGCUGGGCGACCUCUUCCACGUGAGGGGCCAGAUCAGCGAGUCCGAGGUUAAGAGCAUCAUGUUCCAGCUGCUGCAGGCCCUGCAGUACCUGCAUGACAAUGGGGUGUGGCACCGCGACGUGAAGACGGCCAACAUACUGGUGACGUUCUGCGAUGGCGCCAGGCUGGUCAAGAUCGCAGACCUGGGCAGCGCCCGCUCCGCCGCCCUCGGCGCCAGCUGCACGUCGCCCCGCGCCGCCGGCGCCAGCGGCGCCAGCGCUUUGGCCCCGGAACCGCCCGGGGGUUCGGCGGCCAUGGCCCCGGGCGGCGGCGCAGCGGCAGACACCGCCGCGGCGGCCUCGGCUCUGGCGGCAGUCACGAUCGGCGGCGCUCGCGGCGCGGGCAGCGGGCGUGGCUCGGUCAUGUGCAUGGAGGAAGCGCAUAUGAAGCACAGCGACAGCUUCAUGGUGGAGGGCGACAGGGAAAUCAGCACCAGCGGCGACCUGUUUGCAAGGGCCCCCGAGGUGGUGAUGUCACGCGGCGUGUACACUGCCGCCAUCGACGUGUGGGGCACCGGCUGCGUGUUUGGGGAGCUGCUGCAGCGGGUACCCUGGGUCGGCAAGGCCUGCACGCCACACCUCCAGGUGGCCCCUGUGUUUGCGCUCCACGGCAUGCCGCCCACGCCCACCUCUGGGGAGCGCUACAGCAGCAGGGACGGCGGCGCCGGCAACUCGGUCAUGCGCCACGAGCUGCAGGCGCUCUUCGCUGUCGUGGGCACCCCGAGCUGGAGCUGCAUCGAGGGCGUGCCCUCCAAGGCCUGGCGCAACUACCUCAGAAGGAUGCCAGGAAAGGCGCCCACCCUGUACCGCCGCUUUGGUGCGGCUGGGGAGGUGGCUGUGGACCUGCUACAGCGGCUACUGUCGUUCGACCCCGCCAG